CCCUUGAAGGUUAAAUCGUCUGUCAUCAAGGAAGUUAAAAGUUUUUCAAGGCUGAAGGAGGAGAGAUGUCUGCUGGUACAUCUGCGUCACUCUGCUGCGGUUUGCUGUCUGCCUGCGUCCUGCUGGUCUCUGCAGUCCAGAGAAACAUCACAGUUGAGCCCGGACAGAACGUCACUCUGCCAUGUCGAGCUCCAAACAACACCACGUCCAUCUGCGUAGCAGAGUGGAGCAGGGCUGACCUCGGGACAGAUUAUGUCCUUUUCUACAGAGAGAAACGAAUUGAUCCAGACAACCAGCAUCCAUCCUUUGUGAACCGGGUAGAUCUGCAGGAUGGAGAGAUCACAGAUGGAGACGUGUCUUUGAUUCUGAAGCAUGUGACGGCUAACGACACUGGAACGUACCAUUGUCGUGUCGUUAAAUGCCGUCAACGUCUUAAUAUUCACAGUCCCCCCAUCAGCAGCAUCCAGCUGACUGUUGUUGAUCCUUCAGGUCUACAAGGAAGCGUCAGCAAUGGAGGAAGCAUGAUUGCAUGUGUUGGACUUAUAGCUGGUCUGUUUGUUCUUGUUGCUGAACUCUGAGUCAACACUGUUGUCAUCCAGGAUUUGAAAGAUUCCCACAACUGGAAAGAUUCCAAUGAAUGUCAAACCCACUCGUCAUCAUGCUCAUCAACCAGCAGGGGGUGAUGUGAUAAUAGAAAAUUCAGUUAUAGCAAAUGUGGAAUUUUUGUGUUUUAAUUCAGAGAAGCAACACGCUUUGAUAAUAUUCAGGUUAGCAGCACUGAUCCUGAGUUCAAACCUGAGGAGGACACUCCCACCAGUGCAAACAAAUAUUAAUUCACUGUAACUUUUAACCCUUGACCUUUAUUUGUUGAACUACAAAGUCCAGCUUGUUGUUCAUUAUUCUGUGCAAUGUCACGAGCCAUUAAAAAUCGGAUGAAAAGUUUUGCAGUAA